AUGCCACAUGGAGCGAGAAUCAUCGAUAUUGAUGUUUUGAAAGGCAAGCUUCAGAAAUGUCAAUUUUGUCUAAAAGGUAGCUGCGCGGUUUGACAAUUUUUUAUCACACCUUUUAGUCUAUAUUUGUACAAAUUUAACAUAGUAUUUCACUUGAUUUUGUUUGUUUUUCUCGCCCAAGCUACUAAAGAAAAAUACCUGAACACUCUUAUGCAAAACAAAUCAAAAUAGUAGCAGCUUGUACAAGCAAAACAAAUAAAUAAAUAGUUCACUUGAUUUUUUACAAAACAGAUAUAUAUUUCACUUGAUUUUGUUUGUUUUUCUUGCCCAAGCUACUAACAAAAAAUAUCUGAACACUCUCUUAUGCAAAACAAAUCAAAAUAGCAGCAGCUUGUACAAGCAAAACAAAGGAAUAAAUAUUUCACUUGAUUUUUUACAAAACAAAUACAUAUUUCACUUGAUUUUGUUUGUUUUUCUUGCCCAAGCUACUUACAAAAAAUACCCGAACACUGUCUUAUGCAAAACAAAUCAAAAUUCUAACUACAAAUGCUAACUACAGUAUAAACAGCAACAGAACAUCAUAAAACAUAUUCAAUCUUAUAGCCUAUUUUGUGUAAAAAUAUCAAAUAUCAAUUCCUGAUACUAGUGUAGUAGAGAACAAAUUUAUUUAUAUACGUCUACAUAUACUAGACAAUUUAAAAUUCUAAAAUUUAGGUCCAAUAUCCCUGGCCAACAUUAUUGAUGAAAAACAAUAUGGUUUAGCAAGUCAGUUCAGAGUAAAAUGCCAGUUCUGUUCCAAGCAAAAUAUAAUUAAUACCUCAGCAUCUCAUAAGUCUGGCAAGUCUGGACCAAAGGCAUAUGAUAUCAACUCUAAAGCUACAUUGGCUAGUUUACAUGCAGGGAUUGGUGAAACACAUCUAAAAAGUAUUUUGUCAGUAAUGAAUAUCCCACCAAUGAGUCGAGCUUCCUUCAAAGCCAGAGAACGAGAAACAGGGAAGGCUGUAGAAGCUGUCGCAAAAGUCUCGUGUGAGGAAACAAUUGCAAAUGAGAAAAAACAAUUGAUAAACAUCGGGGAAGAACCAGAUGAAAACAAUUUAGUGUCUGUUCCUUGUUCCUAUGACAUGGGCUGGCAGAAACGGGGAAAGGGAUUUAAUUCUAACACUGGUCAAGCUGCUACCAUGAGUCAAACCACAGGAAAAAUUUUUGAUUAUGCUACAAAGGUUAAGAAAUGUCGAACUUGUGAGUAUGCACAACGUACCAGUACAAAUGCAAAGGCUCAUGAUUGCCGUAAAAACCACACUGGUUCAUCUAAAGCCAUGGAGCCAAUAUCUGCAGUUUGA